AUGGGGCGGCAGCAGCCAGCUGUGGCCCUGGGGGCAGUCAGGAUCUCGCUGAUCCUGCUGGGGUUGCUCACUCCCUCGCAGGCGGUGGUGCGGGUCGUGCUGGACAGCAACUCAAGCACGGUGGACUUUGAGGAUCUGCCAGCCCUGUUCGGGGCUCCCCUGGCUCCUGGGGGUGUGCGAGGCUACCUGAUGGAGGCCAAGCCAGCCAACGCAUGCCAUCCCAUUCAGGGCCCGCUGCUGGGCAACGGCUCCCUGGGCGCCAUCGUGCUGAUCCGCCGAUACGACUGCACGUUCGACCUCAAGGUGCUGCACGCCCAGCGGGCCGGCUUCGAGGCGGCUAUUGUGCACAAUGUGCGUUCUGACGACCUGGUGCGCAUGGCCCAUGUGUAUGAGGACCUGCGGCAGCAGAUCGCCAUCCCCUCGGUGUUCGUGGGCGAGGCUGCUUCCCAGGACCUGCGGGUCCUCAUGCGCUGUGACAAGUCGGCCCAAGUCGUCCUGCUGCCCGACUACCCGCCCCACCCGGACCUGGACUGCCACCCGGUGCUGGCCAUCUCCUGGGUGCUGGGCCGUGCCCUGGCCCUGCUCACCAGCGCUGUCUUUGUCCUGCGGCGCCUGUGGCAUUGUCUCUGGAGCUGGCGGGCCAGCGGGCAGGCGGUCAAGGCACAGGCCACCCAGAGGGCCCAGGUGCACACCUUCACCAGGUGUAACGACCUCUGCGCCAUCUGCCUGGAUGAGUACGAGGAAGGCGACCGCCUCAAGGUCCUUCCCUGCUCCCAUACCUACCACUGCAAGUGCAUCGACCCCUGGUUCUCCCAGGCUGUCCAGCGCUCCUGUCCCAUGUGCAAGCAGUCAGUGGCCGGCACAGAGGACAGCUCUGACUCCACCGUCGACAGCUACGGGGACGAGGAAGACCCCUCGCUGUCCGGCCGCCAAACCCCGAUCUGGGCUGUCCAGGCCCGGCUGCGCUCCCGGAGGCUGGCUCUGCUGACCCGAGCCACCUCCCGGCGCCGCUGUAGUGCCUCCUCCGUGGGGGAGGCAGAGGCCAGUGCACCCUUAGAGGGGCCCCCAGAACCCCACUGA